AUGGCUAGCGGCAAGGCUCUGUAUUCUAUAGCUGUUGUAGUCAUCGGAUUUAUAUGCUUCGUUGUCGGAGCGGUUGCCGUCGGACUUCCCACUUGGGGGCAUUUUUACAGCUUAGAGAACCCGAACUUCGAUCAAGGUUAUUUCGGACCAUGGCGAGUGUGCAAGCGUCUGCUUUACUACAGAGAGAAGUGCGGCAUCGAUGUAUCCAAGUUCAGGCCGUCCCUGGCGGUCUACAUAGCGGGGGUUGUGGCAGCUAUUGGUGUUUCAAUACUAGGAGUAUUCUGCAUUCUAUCAGUACUUCAACUGGCCAUGAUAUCCUCGAAGGAAAAGGUCGGUUUGAAGUACACACACUUGGUGAUGAUAAAACUAGCUCUGGCACUACUAGCAACCUUACUGUCAAUAGCAGCGGCUGGUCUGUUUGCUGUUCAAGGCGAUGACAGGGGUUUCUAUCUUGUUAGAGGGGAAGCAUUCUAUGUACAGAUAGUAUGUAUCGUUAUAAACUCAGCGUUGUUUAUAAUGUCAGUUUACGAUGCUUUGUUCUCACGAAGGGAAGGUGGUGAUCCUACCACUAUCGAGGAAUCUGGUGGUACCACAAUCAAUAAUCCAGGAUUUAAGGAGGGGAGAGGUAUAUCGAUGACAGAUGCUUCCGGAAAGCCAUACAGCACUAAUGGCCAUGGAAGUGUGGCUUCCAUGAACACCACAGCCACAACACUCACGGGUUUAUCAGACAGCACCAUAACCAGGUCCCCGUUGAGAUCAUCCUUGAAGAAACCCAAACCCAAGGAUGGUAUGGGAAUACAGAAUCCCGGUUACUCGGGACAUUCACCACCGUUGAACAGGAAUGGAAGCCAGAAGAAAGUACGCAUACAGACACAUAGCACGGAAGUUUAA